UGAUAUAUUCCCUUUUGCGACCCAUAUCUGUAGAGCUCGGCUCAAAAAGCUCAGGCACUCAACACUAGUUUCUCUUCAAAUGGCAACUUCAUCAUCCACAACAGCUUCAACCAUAAACGAUGAUUUUUCAGUGUUUGUGUUGGCAUCCGAUUUGGGAAUCGACGCCACUCCCUUUUUAACCAAACCGAAUCAAACAGAAAUCAUAGAAAUAGACGACCAAGACAAUGAAAACUGGCACGACUGCUCUCAGUAUCUCUUGCCCGACGAAGAUUUCUCUGAUCUUGACCUCUUGCAAUUCUUUCGCCUCCAGGGCUCCGAUAAAUCCGGCAACCGUAUCUUUCUUGUCGUCGGCAAGUGCUUUCCCGCUCAAAUUAUCAGUGGGGAGAGACUAAAGAAGUAUAUAUUUCAUAAGAUAUGCAGUGAGUUACCUGAAGGACGAUUCUGUAUUGUUUACAUGCAUAGUACUGUGCAAAAGGAGGAUAAUUCUCCUGGUGUUACUAUCUUGAGGUGGAUAUAUGAAGAACUUCCUGCUGAUUACAAGGAUAGGCUUCAAGCUGUGUACUUUGUUCACCCAGGGCUCCGCUCAAGGCUUGUUUUUGCUACCCUUGGUCGGUUCUUCUUAAGUGGAGGUUUAUAUUGGAAGAUCAAGUAUGUAAGCCGUCUCCAGUACCUAUGGGAGGACAUAAAAAAAGGGGAGAUUGAGAUCCCAGAGUUUGUGAAGAGUCACGAUGAUAUUCUGGAGCACAGACCGCUGACAGAUUACGGAAUCGAACCGGACCCUUUUUACUUAAAUGAAGUGCCCACCACAGGUUACUCACUGGGGAAGUAUGAAGAGAGAUGGGCGUCAAGAGAAUAUGCAAGUUAGUGUCAUUCUGAUGUAGGUUGAAUUCAUGUUUGAGAAUACCAAAAUUGUGUUGUUAGUGUUAGCACUAGAUUAUACCAAGGAAUUAUUAGGCGAAUCAAUGUGCAUAUGUUAUAAAAAAAACGGAAAAAUACACUAUAAUGAUUGAUGAUAUAGAGCCAUAGCGCGUACCGUCAA